GCAAACAAGGUCAGGUGAGUCAUUCCUGCCAAAGAAAAUAAUCACUGGAUUUGCAGGUCUGAACUUUUUUCACUUUGUGAUCAAACAGUAUAACUUCCGUACGACAGUAAAGGAAAACCCACAGCAGAGAAACAAAUGAAACAGGAUUAUUUUAAAAUGAAAUUCUGGUUUAUUGUUGGCACUCUAUUAGUUGUGUGUGGUGCGAUGGAUGCCGGUACAUCUAAACAUGGAACGGAGUCAGUGUUAGAGACGGAUGAAUUGAAGUCAGUGUCGGUGAUGGAGGGAGAUUCUGUCACUCUACCCACUGGUGUUACUGAAAUACAGAGAGAGGAUCAGAUACUGUGGAUGUUUGGACCUCAUAAGACUCGUAUAGCUCUAAUCUAUAAGCAUGACAUUGAUAUGCGUCACAGUAAUGAGACAUUUGGAGACAAACUGCAGUUGGAUGAUCAGACUGGAUCUCUCACCAUCAGAAACAUCAGAAUCAAACACUCUGGACUUUAUAAACUACAGAUCUUCAGUAACAGAGGAAACUCAAACAAAACAUUUAAUGUUACUGUGCAUGCUCGUCUUCCCGUUCCCAUCAUCACCAGAAACUCAUCUGAAAGUUCAUCUAAAUGUGUGUUGGUGUGUUCAGUGGUGAAUGUGACACAUGUGACUCUCUCCUGGUACAAAGGAAACAGUUCAUUUUCCAACAUCAGUGUGUCUGAUCUCAACAGCAGUCUCUCUCUGGACGUGGAAUAUCAGGAGAACAACAUCUACAGCUGUGUGGUCAACAAUCCCAUCAGAAAUCAGACUAAAUAUCUCAACAUUACUGAAGUCUCUCAGAUGUGUUCAGUUUCAAGCCUGCAUUCAUAUUUAACACCAGUGAUAAUUGCUGGUGUGCUGUUGUGCAUAUUUUGCAUAGGUGUGAUGUAUCGUUGCCACAGGAGCAGUAAAAGACAGCAAGUUGUGUGACUCUCCCCUGUUAUCCCUUCACUGUCUGUCCCAGAGCCACAGGGAGAAAGUACCAGAACUGGAUUCCUUAUCCACCACUGAGCCGUAGACCAGGUUUUCCAAGUCCAUCACCCCGCCAGAGUCCUGAUUCACUAUAUCUAUAUCAUAGUCAUAUGAUUCACACUCAAUCACUAUGUGCUACACAGAAGGGUUUAACCGUUGCGUGCACUUACUCCGCAUUUACUUCAGCAUCUCCCGCUGAACGCCUUCUCGAGAACGUCGACGUGAGAGAAUACGUUCUCGAGAGCGUCGACGUGAGAGAAUACGUUCGCGCAAAUGACACCCUAAAAGAAUACCUUGCCACCCCUGCUGCCACCCCAGUUGGCAGUAAAGAUUUUCUGCCAACUGGGCGAGAGAGAACGUCGACGUGAGAGAACGUCAGCGUGAGAGAACGACGACGUGAGAGAACGUCAGCGUGAGAGAACGACGACGUGAGAGAACGAGAGAACGUCGACGUGAGAGAACGAGAGAACGUCGACGUGAGAGAACGAGAGAACGUCGACAUGAGAGAAUAUGUUAUAUAUGUAAUAUAAAAUAAAUAAAAAUACAAAUAAUUUUUUAAAAAGUGUGUCGAUUCAUUCAAAUGUUCUAACCAGCGUAAUCAUUAAUGAUAAGAUCUGUGACCAAUUGAAGAUCGAAUAUUCCCAAACUUACCUCCUGGCUCAAUAUAUAAAUAGAUCAUUCAAAGCUUUUGAUGUUGCGGGAAAGUGGAGUAGAUGGUAUGUUUAAAAAUUUUGAAUACACCAUUAUUUGUUAUUUGUGAUUUAUUAUUAUAUAUAUAUAUAUAUAUAUAUAUAUAUAUAUAUAUAUAUAUAUAUAUAUAUAUAUAUAUAUAUAUAUAUAUAGUAUAUAUAUAAAUACAAGAGCAUGAAAUCAUAUCCUUCAUUUUCUGCUCAAAGUCUAGUGCCCGCAUAUUCAUUAUAAGCGGGAGGUGCCCGACCACGCAACGCAACGCCAUACCACGAUUACGCCACUUCUGAUGUGUGCAUCUUGUACCUGUGUGGAUUUGUCAAGCGUAAAUCAGGCUUGACAGCCAUGAACCCAACACAGUUGUUGUUCUUUCAUUCUUGUUUGCCCUGUCCUUUAUCAGGCAUUAUAUAUUUCUCGACCAACAAUGGUGAGUCUCAUUCCAUCAGAGUGUAUUCAGUGUCAUCACAAAUUACUUUUCUCAAAGUCUAGUCAUGUUUUGUGUUUCAAUGUAAAGCAAAUUACCAUUAGUUUAACAAUGUAUCUGAUCUUCUGCAGAUGGCUAUCCUGUCAAGUGCCCCGUCACCUGGGGGUUUUCUUUUUCUGUUCUUUUUUUUACAGGAUUCUUAUGAAUUGAAUCUGAGGAUUGACUGUGUCCAUCCCUGUUAAAAUAAAAUGUUGUAGGACACAGAUGAAACGUUCAACCCAACAAUUGAGAUGAACUUUCAAAGGCAGUCACUGAGGGAUACUAGGACAUGGUCAAGACAGUCCAGUUUUAUCACGGACUUGCAAUAAAGUUCAUGAUACUCUUUUGAUAUCAUGGUUAAUCUCUGGAGAAUGAGCUGAUUCAUCUCAACCACAGCUUCAGAAAACAACAACAGCUUCUACUGCCUGCAAAUGUCAAGCUAGGAUCUCGUCUAGACUUCUUCUGUCUUGGAUCAAAUUCUUGAGUUUGUAGCACACCUGCAUUAUAACUCAAGUUUAAUGAAACACGUUAAUUAUUUCGGUGUUAUUCAUGUUUUAUCAGUAUUAACUGUGCGUCAUUGUGAAUAUAAAUAUGUGUGUGUACAAAGAAACAAACUACCUCAUUUUCAUCCUGACAAGCCUCAAGUGAAAAUCGUUACGGCUGUUUUGUGUAACUGUAUUGUUGUUAUUAUAUAAGGUUCAGUAUUUUCACGCUUAUUGUCCAUUUCAAUGGAUUUAUCGAGCACUAAAAGGAGUUCACAGUUUAAUAACACUCGUGUACAAACUAGUUUUCCUGUUAACAGGACAUUUUCCAAGUGUUCAGACAUGAGAGUAUUUGCACAUAUUAUAAAUAUUUUGUCAGUAUUAUGAAUUCUGUAUGGCUGGAAUACAUCUGGUCAAUAUAACAUUUGUGUAUGUUUGCACAUUUUAAACAUGUGCCAGCCCGAGGAGGAGGGCUUCCCCAGCUGAGUCUUGGUUCCUCCCAAGGUUUCUUCCUUUUUUACUUCUUAGGGAGUUUUUCCUUGCCACUGUCAGCCUUUGGCUUGCUCACUGGGGGGCAUUUUAAGGCACUGUUUUUUGUAAAGCUGCUUUGAAAUAAUAUACACUGGGGGCCAAAAGUUUGGAAUAAUGUACAGAUUUUGCUCUUUUGGAAAGAAAUUGGUACUUUAAUUCACUAAAGUGGCAUUCAGCUGAUCACAAUGGAUAGUCAGGACAUUACUGAUGUAAAAAACAGCACCAUCACUAUUUGAAAAAGUCAUUUUUGAUCAAAUCUCGACAGCAGCGUCACUCCAACAGUUUAUCCUGCUGAGUAAUCAUGCUAAAUUGAUCAUUUGGUGCUAGAAAAUCACUUGCUAUUAUAUCAAACAAAGCUGAAAGAUGUUUUGCUAUGUUCCUCUGCUCUCCUUGCCCCUUGUGCCCCCUUGAACUGCCUGUUUGCCCCUUGUGCCCCCCUAAACCACCCUUGUCCCCUACACUCCAUGGACAAUUUGCUUUUUGUUGUUUGUUUUUGUUGAGCGUCUGGAAUCCGCUCCUUAAAGGGGGGCUCUGUUAUAUAUUCCCUGUCUUUGCCUAGACUUUUAUGUUGAAUCUUGUUUAGUCCCUGUGUCCUGUUCAUUUUUGUAGUCCUUUGUAGUUUCAUUUUAUGACUGAGUUUCCCUUGAUAAUUUCCCCAGGUGUUCCUCAUUCCCUGAUUGUCUCCCAGGUGUUCCUUGUUUUCCUUUGUAUAUUUACGCCCUUGUACGCCCUGGUUAGUCUGUCAGUCUUUGCAUGUAUUGUUGGAUGCUCUGUGCCUGGUUCCUUGUGUUUUGUCUUCAUUAUAUUCGAGUUAGUUUUUUUUUUUUAUUCUUCUGUAAAUAAAGCUGCGUUUAGAUCCUCAUUCUUUGCCUGCCUUGUCAAAGAAACACAGACAUUGUUAUACAGAUAAUUGGAAAAGAGUGUUAUGGAUCUGAACCCCAUUGAGCUUUUGUGGGAUCAGUUAGACUGUAAGGUGUGUGAGAAGUGCCCAACAAGACAGUCACAUCUAUGGCAAGUGCUACAGGAAGUGUGGGGUGAAAUGUCACCUGUGUAUAUGGACAAACUGAAAGCUGGAAUAACAAGGAUCUGCAAAGCUGUCGUUGCUGCACUUGGAGGAUUUUUUGAUGAGAACUCUUUGAAGUAGUUUAAGAAGUUAUUAAAUGUUUUUCAAAUUGUAGUAGUCAUUUUUCACAUUAUUAAUGUCCUGACUAUACGUUGGGAUCAGUUGAAUGCCACUUUGGUCAAAAGUACCAAUUUCUUUCCAUAAGAGCAAAAUCUGAAAAUUAUUCCAAACUUUUGGCCCCUAGAGUAUUUUGUCAAAAGUGUUCUGAAAUUGCACUGAA